AAGGGGGCACAUCUACUCUACAUGGGGGGAGAGUAGGCAGGCCAGGUGAUGGCGACAUCUAUCCAUCUAUCAGCUACAGUAGGUGCAGGCCAGGCCGGCAGGGCAAGGCUGAGCUACACAGUCAGUCACGACAUACACACAUAUCCGGUCCAUCCAUCCAUCCAUCCAUCGUCGGUCGGUAAGGUAAAAACACACGCCUCUGGCUCACGGCACUCAGUCGACUCACCCAAAUCUGCUACAUCUAGCUGAGCUGGACGGACCCUCCUCAGUCGUCCCAGUCAGGUCUGAUCUCGACCGCUAGCUACCAAGAGGUACCGAUGGCCGCCCCAUCGUUCCCCCGCCCUCCCUCGUCGCCACAGCUAAGCUACGUACGUCACGCCACCGUCAUGUUGUUGAGGACCUCCAGGUCAUCAGCCGUCCCGUGCUUGAGCGUCAGCUUGAUGCCGAAUCUGUUCAAGCACAGCAGCAGAAAAGAAUAAUGCACGAAUGGAUGGAUGGAAGGUGUGGCGGCUUCAUCAGCCCCACCGCUGCGUCUCGAUCCGAACGGCGCGGAAUAUGACCUCGCAGAUGCCCAUGCGGCGGUCCGCCGCCCCACCCAUGGCAAAGGGGCGCAGCUGUGGCUGCCCCGGCCCCCCCACCACAUGCACGUUGCCGUCCUGGAUGAUGCUGCGAGUGGCGGCCCUCACGUACUGCUCCACGGCCUGGUUGAUGCGAGUGCUGAGUGGGGCCUCGCCGAUGGGGAUGGAGGGGGCUGGGGUGAGGUAGGCGGCGAUGGUUGUCUGGAUCUCGGAGGGCAGCGUGAUGUGUGUGGUCUCGCUGAUGGGGAUGGGUCGGGUGAGCGAUGCCGUGAUGGAACGGCUGGGCCGCAGGGCGGUGUUGAUGGCACGGAUGGACCGUCGAGGCAUGGUGCGGUUGAGGUAGGUGCCGUAGACGUGGAGGAUCCAUUUGGCGGGGUAGUGGUCCUCCUCGUCGUCGCUAUCGUAAUCGUAAUCGGAAUCGUAAUCGGAAUCGCAAUCGUAAUCGUCGCAUCGACGGCGUCUUCUGGGCUGCCGCUUCUCCUCGGCCAGUGCGAUUGCCCUCUCUGGUGUGACGCCGGCGGCCGUCACCGAGGCACCGUGCGACAGCAAUUCGACCAGGUGCGACACGUCCUUGUCCUUCUUGUCGACGGGGCGCCACGUGACCUCACUCGCCAACACCGCCAGGUGGUACAGCAGCGUGCGGCCAUCGUUGCGGGGCGUGUUGAUGUGCUCUGCCGCACCAUAUCGAUACAGCCCCUCGAUGGUCGCCUUGCGGCGCGCACCCGUGAGGUUGAGCGACGCGUGCCAGAGUGGUCGCAUGCCCUCCCCGUCUGGCGUGUUGACGACGGCACGCCCGCACACCUUGACGAAGUAUUCGAUGAGCCACUUCUGGGACUUGGCCGUGGCCAGGGGAUCCUGGCAGUAUCGGUGGAUUGGCUGCAUGCCGUCCCGGUCCACUUCGGUGAGGACCGACGGGGCGACCUCGCCGAUCUUCUUGACGAGACGCAGAUGGUCAUCCGGAGACAGACCCUUCUCAUCCUCUUCUCGCUCCUGUAGCUGGGACAGCAGCGACGUGCCCGCCACAUGCGCGCUGCAGCUGUAUUGCGGCUGGAGCAGGAUCUCCAGGAGCGGCCAGCGCCCUACCCUGACUGCGAAAGGGAUGGCCUCGGCGGCACCUCCCAUGUCGAUGGGAGCUCCUGCCUCGAGCAGCACCCGCAGGACCUUGCCGGCCGCCGAACCGGUGUGGUAUACCACCAGCCCGAUCAGGCUGAGGUGGCGUUCAUGCGCCUUUACACCCUUAUUGAGGUCGGCACCCCGGUCGAUCAGCCGCUGCGCCCCGGCCUCGUCGAUGGUGCCGCAUGCGAUGCCGAUGGCCAGCUGCUUGGUCAGAUGGCACGCGCCGCCGUCGAAGUCCACUGAUGUGGGUGGAUGGCACGGCCAUCCACCCACCUCGUGUGUGUGGAUGACGGCUGUAUCGUGGAGCCAGGCAGGGAGGGCGUCUGGGUCUGGCAGGACGGUGAAGGCGGGCGGAGGCUGGUUGCUGCCGAAGAACAACGACGGAGUGAAGGCACGCUCAAACUCCUGCAUCCAAGCGAAACCGGACACACACAUAAAUGAAACCAACCGCAGAGACCCCCUGUGCGCGUUGAUUGCUAAUCUGCUCCGAUGGCGUCACGGCGGCCCAGUUGCGACACCAGUUGAUCUCAGUGGACGUGUCGAAAACGAUGAGUAGGGCGGCCGAGUGGCGGCUCGGUACGGCGCGCUUCACGCGCAUUCGCUUGACGGUCAGGCCAUUGGAGUCCGUCACCACGUACUGGUAAGGGUGACGGCCCGGGGGAAUGGGCACACAGACCCUCCAGCCGUCGCAUGUGGGGGAGGGAGGCGCCAUGCGAUGAGUCUUGCCACCAACCACCAACCACCAACGAAACUGACAUGACAGCCGCAAACAAGUCGCACCCUGAGCGGACCACUCGAUCACUUGAUGCAGAUCAGAUCUCCCUCCCGCCGCCUUUGAUACCUGAUUCGCCAUCCUUGAGAUCCUCGGCUGCCAAUGUGAAGACUACAGGGACGGGUUGUGUCUGGGUGCGCCUGCCUUCGUCGGGGUGCUCGAGGCGGUGCAUGACAUCGGCCGGCAACAUCUUCCACUUCUGCUCGUCCGUCAUGCGAGUGUCGUUGGAUUUCAUGGACUGAGGGUAGACG